CUGAAAUAACAAACUCUGUCUAUACAACAAACUAUGCACAAAAAAUCAGACCACAACUCUCGCCGGAUUCUCAACUUUCCGGCGGUUAUUCCGUCACAAGAUGUUAAUCCGGCGACUCUUCUCGGGUCGCUCAUCACUCUAUCCACCUCAAUCACCAGCCACCAGUCAGAAUUCUUCGCUACACAACGACGUAACGCUCGUGAAACAAUUCGCCAGAUCUCAGUUCUGUCGAUAUUGUUCACUGAAGUCUACGAACAUGAUGUUAUCCGGUUUCCAGAUUCCGUAGUGCUCUGUUUCUCAGAGCUGCACCACGCUUUGCAGAAGAUUCUGUUUUUAAUCGAAGAUUGCCGGCGUCCGGGAGCUAGGGUUUGGUUAUUGAUGAAAUCGCACUACGUAGCGGAGCGGUUUUCGUCGUUUAUUCGCGCAGUUGCGACCGCGUUGGAUGUGUUUCCGAUGAGUGAGGUUAACGUGUCGUGUGAGGUGAAAGAACUGGUGGAGAUGGUGGCGAAACAAGCAGGAAAAGUGAGAAUUGAAGUAAAUCCGGAUGAUGAAUACGCGAUGAAGCGAGUUAUGUUGAUUUUGAACCAGUUUGAGAACAGGUUUGAGCCGGAUUCGAUUAUGAUUAAGCGCGUGUUGUAUUAUUUGAGGAUUGAUAGUUGGAGUGAGUGUCAUAAGGAGAUUAGGUUUUUAGAUGAACAAAUUUCGUUAGAAUUGGAUGACAAUAACGAACGGGAGUUGCAUUUGUUGAAUACUUUAGCUGGAUUUAUGAGGUAUUGUAGAGGAGUUUUGUUUGAAAACUCUGCUUUAGAUGUUGUUAAUGAUGAACAAUUGGUUACUGGAAGACCUAAUUUGGAGAUCCUUAGUUGUUUAAACCCUGAGGAUUUCCGGUGCCCGAUUUCGCUUGAAUUGAUGACCGAUCCGGUGACUGUUUCCACCGGGCAGACUUACGAUCGGGUAUCGAUUCAGAAAUGGCUGAAAUCGGGCAACUUAAUGUGCCCGAAAACGGGGGAAAAGUUGGCAACAACAGAGCUGGUACCCAAUUUGAACCUUAGGAAGGUUAUUCAUCAGUAUUGUGUUGAUCAUGGGGUACAAAUUUCGAAGUUUCAAUCGCAGAGUCGUGAUAUUUCGUCCACGAUUCUCCCUGGUAGUCCAGCCUGUGCAGAAGCGAUUAAGUUUUUAAGCGAAUACCUUGUGAGAAGAUUGCGUAAUGGGACGGAGAAACAAAAGAGCAAAGCAGCUUUUGAGAUCAGAUUACUCGCGAAAUCAAACAUUUAUAAUCGGUUUUGUUUGAUUGAAGCGAGAGCGAUCCCUCCUCUGUUAGCCCUGCUUUCAUCGUCUGAUCCAAUCGCUCAAGAGAAUGCUAUUGCGGGUUUACUCAAGCUUUCGAAGCAUUCGAACGGGAAGAGAGUGAUCAUCAAUCAUGGCGGGUUAGAUCUGAUUGUCAAUGUUUUGAAAACCGGACUGAAACAAGAAUCCAAACAGAUAGCAGCCGCGACAAUCUUUUACUUAUCAUCGGUCCAAACGAAUCAGAAACUCAUCGGUGAAAUCCCCGAAGCGAUUCCAGCUUUGAUCGAACAUAUCAAAACCGGAACAUCAUGUGGUAAAAAGAAUUCAUUAGCCGCUUUGUUCGGGAUCCUACUUUACCCGAGAAACCAUCAACCCGCCCUUUCAUCCGGGAUCAUCCCAUUGCUCACCAACCUCAUUUCCACAUCAGAAAAACCCGAAAUUGUUACAGAUUCAUUAGCCGUCGUAGCCACGUUAUCCGAGAGCUUUGACGGGUCAGACACGAUCUUGAAGUCCUCAUCUUUGCCAUUGAUCAUCAAGACGCUCCAAACAUCGUCUUCGCGUGCUGCAAAAGAGUACUGCGUUUCCAUCCUGUUGGCUUUGUGUAACAAUUUGGGGAAUGAAGUUAUCGCUGUUCUCGCAAACAACACGAAUUUGAUCGGUUUCUUGUACACGUUAUCCACGAAUGGGGGCUCGCAGGGAGCAAAGAAAGCGCGAACAUUGAUUCGGAUUAUGCAUAGGUUCCAUGAGACCAACAGUUCAGGUUUGAUGGCUAACUGGGAUUCAUCAAGAAUUGCAGCAGUUCAUUCAUGUUAGGUUAGAUGAUCAUAUUAUACUUUUUUUGCAUUGAAGCUCGGAUUUUUGAAGGAGCUAUACACAUUAUAUUAUAUAGAUACAUAUACUUGUAUAAUAGUAAUACUGUAGCAAAUAUCAAAUAGGAUACACUUGUUUUGUAAAUAUAUUGAAAGAUUGCAAUAAAAGAUUGAAUUUUGAGAGUUA